GGUUGUUAACAUAUCAAGGCAGACAUUAGACAGUCUGUACACGGAGAAAAUUUAAAAUACAUGACCAGAUCAAACAAUUCCUUAAAACUACAGUUAAUAUUUCCCCAUGGAUAGAAUCCGAAGGUUUCUUGCAACUCUUAGAUUCUCAGAAGCUAAGCCAUCUAGCAGUUGGCCAAGUCCAAGAAAAAGAAACCAAACUCUUGUCUUUCCCUUUCUAUAAAUACCAACCAUUGAUGAAUACGGAAGAAGCACCCUAAUCUCAUACAUACCUUGCUGUCACCUUAGUUUUUCAGAGUUCACAAUUCAUCAAUUACUAAGCAAUAAGCAUGGCUUCGCAUGGCGGCAUCUUUUAUCUUUCUGCCUUGAUUAUAUUGGCUGCUGCUGUUGCUAGUGUAUCUUCAUCUUCGCUUUCUCCUUAUUACUAUGACAGCGUGUGUCCCGAAGCUUUACCAACUAUUAAACGACUCGUUGAGGCUGCAGUGUACAAAGAACAGCGGAUGGGUGCUUCUUUACUACGCCUGCAUUUCCACGACUGUUUUGUUAAUGGCUGUGAUGCAUCAAUUCUUCUGGAUCCUUCACCCACUAUUGACAGUGAAAAGAAUGCUCGCCCUAAUUUAAACUCUGCUAGAGGAUUUGAAGUUAUCGACCAGAUUAAGCAGGCAGUGGACGAAGUGUGUGGUUGCUCCGUGGUCUCCUGUGCAGACGUUUUGGCGGUCGUAGCCCGCGAUUCUGUAGUUGCGCUUGGAGGGCCAACAUGGAACGUGGAACUUGGGAGGAGAGACUCAACUACCGCUAGCAGGGCAAAGGCAGACAGUGACAUCCCAUCGCCAUUUAUGGACCUUCCUGCACUUAUUAACAACUUCAAAAGCCAAGGUCUCGACGAAAGAGACCUUGUUGCUCUUUCUGGUGGCCAUACUAUAGGGUUUGCACAAUGUUUUGUCUUCAGGAACCGAAUCUACAAUGAAACUAAUAUUGACCCUGAAUUUGCACAACAGCGAAGAUUAACUUGCCCAAGCAUUGGUGGCAAUUCGACCCUAUCGCCUCUGGACCCAACACCUGCACAAUUUGACACUGCAUACUUCACCAAUUUAAUACAGAAAAGAGGUCUUCUUCAUUCGGAUCAACAAGUUUUUAAUGGCGGCUCCACUGAUGGUCUAGUAAACACUUACAGCACAAAUGCCAAAGCUUUUUCUGCCGAUUUUGCUAGGUCUAUGAUUAAGAUGGGGAAUAUAAAACCACUGACAGGAAACGAAGGACAAAUUCGUUCGAACUGCAGGAAGGUGAACUGAGCGAUUGCUGUCUAUUUGUGGAAGAUUACAAUAUUUUUUCAAAGUGUUGGAUUGCAAUUUACUAAAAAAAAAGUAGUAUUUUCUCUUUUUGGAUUUCACUCAUCCCAUUUGUUUCUUGUAAUGACAGGUCGUAUGUAUUAAAUCAAUUUAAGUUGUGGAAUAAUUCAAAUCAAGAAUAAAGAUUAUUUUAAAA